UUGUGUUUGCUUGACGGACCGCCACGAUCUGUGACUGCGGGCGCUGAAAUGCUAAACCUUUCCUGGAAUCGGAUUCCCGGGAACCUCCAGCUGAACCGACUCUGCAGCAGCACUUUCCACAGAGCUCACUCUGCAGCUGUGCUCUCAUUUAAGCAGAGGAGCUUCUCCUGUCCAGACUUCUGGAACCACUAAGACGUUAAUUCACUGGAUUUAGGUUCUUUUUUAGUGGUGGAAAUUAUUUUCUUUCGCCUUGAUUUCAGUGUCAGGCCGUAAUGGUUGCCCGUGCAGCGACCAUCUUGCAUCACGAGGAGCCGCAAAGUUCCUGCUACCCACAACCAUUGCCUCCAGCCUGGCACCCGGCACAGGACCUCCAAUGCAUCACCACCAAUUUCCAGUAUCUGCAGACCACAGGUUGGUACUGGGGUUCUAUCUCAGCGAGCCAAGCUCGGGAAGUUCUCCAGUCCAAGUCUGAAGGGACAUUCCUGGUGCGGGACAGCAGCCACCCUCAGUACAUGCUGGCCCUUUCAGUAAAGACCCGCUGUGGGCCCACCAGCGUGCGCAUCGAGUACAACAGAGGCAGCUUCUGGCUGGACUCCACGUCGCCUCAGUUGCCUCACCUACAAGCGUUCCCAGACGUUCCGAGCCUCGUCCAGCACUACACCGCCUCAGGCCAGACGGCGCAGGACCUGGAGUCCGUCCGGCCCCAAACCAAGCCGGAACCAGUGCAGCGUGCGGCUAAAGACAGCGGCGUUCCUCUUAAGCUCCUGCGUCCGUUGCACAACGUGCAGCAGGGUUUUCCUUCUCUGCAGCACCUGGCACGCCUCGCCAUCAACAAACACACAAACUGCACCGACCAGCUGCCCCUCCCAAAGCCGCUGCUGCGCUUCCUGCAGAACUACCCUUUCUUCAUAUGAGCCCGGUGGACGCAGAGGGACAAAGAUACAGGAACAUGGUUGGGAUUCCUGUCCAUGACUAUGGAUGUGGAGCUGUGUUAGAUCCUGCAUCAGAUUCACUGGAGCACAGGGAGAGAAGACAGAGAUGGCCCAAGUACAAGAAACCUCAACGUUACUUCACAUAAAUGAGUUUGGGCUAACUCCAGCACAGCAGCUUUUCCUAAAACCGAUUUCUACGUUUACCUUAGCGACUGUGAAACCUGCAGUGAAUGCCAACAUGUUUUAUUCUGAGCUGCAAAAGAAAACCUGUGGAUUUUAGAUGGUUGGCAAUGAGGCAGAGAUAACUUUACAGAAUAAACCAAAUUAUCUGAGCUUUUGAGUUUGAAGAACUUUAAUCCCUUUAACACUGGAGAAGAAGGUUAAAAAUGAGUGGUGGUCAUGUUUAUGUCAGUCUUAACACAGUGCAGUGUGUGGUAAAUAUAUGCUGCAAAACUGAACAAAUUCAGAACUGAGGAUAAUUUACGUCUUGUUUCUGUUGGACAUGCAGUUCUUUUGCAAAAAUAUUUCUACCCCCUGAACUUUUUCACAUGACCUAAUUUAAUGUAUUUUAUUAGGAUUUUAAGUUAAGACCAGCAUAAAGUAGCACACAAUUAUGAAGUGGAAUGAAAAUGAUGUUUAAAUUUAAAAAGAUAAGUAAAUUACAAAUAAAAAGCUUUAAAACCAGGACAUGCACAUGUGCUCUGCUAUUCCAAUAAAAAUCUAUUGUAGCCAGUUGUACAAGUCACCUACUUAGUUAAUAGAAUAAUCCAUCUGUGUGUAAUCUAAUUUCAGUGUAGCUUCAGCUGUUCUGUGAAGGCCUCAGAGAUUUAUUAGAGAGCAUUAGUGAACAAAGAGGGCAGGGAGAAAGUUGUAGAGAAGCAUAAAGCAGAGUUAGGUUAUAAAAACAAUAUUUCAACCUUUAAACAUCACACAGGGAGCUGUCAUCAAGAAAAGAGUAUGGCAAAACUGAAACCCCCUAUAAAUGCUAAACAGACAUGCGUUCUGAAAAUCUGGAAGAGUUGCAAGAAUAAAGUUAUUAUUGAGAGAAAACUGAGAGAUGUCCCUUCAGCAGUUUACCACAAACUAUAUGAGAGACACAGCUAACAUGUGGAAGAAUGUGUCCUGGUAAACUGGGAUUUAAAAAUGUCUUUUUGGCAAUUUGUGGUGGAAAACUAACAUUACACAUUACCCUGAACACAUCACACCUCUGGUAUGGUGAUGGCAGCAUUAGGCCUGGACGGUAUGGCUGAAAAAUGUAUCUUAAUACAAAACUUUUCAUAUCAGUCAAUAUCGCAAAUUAUUGAAUUUGUUUUGUUUUAAAUAUCUGAAAUACUGCCAAACUGGUGGUGUGACCUUUCCUGUUUUAUCCACAACUCCUUCUCCGGCUGUUGUACUCAUUGUAUUCCUUCACUCCACCCCGUUGUUUUUUGUUUUUUAACGGUUAUGAGGCACAGUGCCAAAAUUUUGUCGGUUACUCAGCAGGCUGUUGCUAGGUAACCAAAGAGUGAGUGAGUUGCUAGGUAACCAAAGAGUGAGUGCGUUAGUUGAUUUCAGCAACUUUGCUAGCCGUGGUUAAGCGACUAAAGCCUUUCCUCUGCCUACAUCCCCCAGAAUGCUGUGCGGUUCUGAAUUAUGGAAAAUUCUAUUGGAUGUAUAAUCUAUUGAUGUUGACCACAUGUCUAUUGUAUUAUAAUUUUUUGUUAUUUGAUUGGCAGCGUCAUGAAGUGAGGUUGAUUUUCGUCAUCAGAAGCUGGAACAAGGAAAGAUUGAUGGGGAAAAAAAUAAAGGAAACAUUUUGUGAUUAGAAGCUGCGAAACCCUUGAGACCAGGCUGGUGGUUCGCCUUCCAGCCAAACAACAGACAGCCCUAUUUAUGUAACCAGUAAUGCGUCAAAAUGACUCACAGUCAAAGUGGUUCAUGCAGUCUACAUUGAACUGGAGCUGCUUUACUACAAAGAAAGAGAGAAAAUAUUAAACUCUAGAUGUGCAAAGCUAAUAGGACAAAAUACAACAAUUACAUUGAAAGCUGACUUUACGGUGCGUUGACACAGAGGGGGCUGAAUACUUUUGCACAUUAACACACAUUUGAGAUUUCUUUUUGUAAAAGAAAUGAAUAAAUUGCAUUAUUCCCCUUCCAUUUCAUAAUUAUACAGCACUUUCUGUUGUAGACAGUGACGUUUAUGUACAAGAAAACACUUGGAAUUAUUCAUAUUUGCAAAGGACUGUAAGUAAAGUUAUGUUGCUACUAAAAUUAUGUGUUUUCCAGCAGUAAUUUAUAUUUUUACAAACCAAAUAAAGGACAUAAUAUAAGUAGCAUGUAUUCUUAAUAUGUUCCUUUUUAGAUGGGAAACAAAAUUUCCUUUCAUUUUCAUCUAACCAAGGCCACUUUAACGAAGAACUGCAGAUGAUAAAAAAUUGUCUGUGAAGAGACUGUUGUUUUUUUUUUUGCUAAUUCUCAGAAGGGCAUCAUCAUUUGGAUUUCAGAGAAGAAAAAAAUGUUCUUCCUUUUUAAUGGCUGACCACUUCACUGCGCAGAUGAAUGAGAGGUUUUCAUGGAAACACAUCUGAGUUGGUUUCCAUGAGUUGCAGCUGAACAACACCGAGAAAGCCUCUUAUCAGGAUUAGAAUAAGAGCUGCAGCUAUUAGUGCGCUGCUGCACCGGCUGAGAAUUGAAAAAUAAUUAUUUCUACUUCAAUAUUUUUCCUCUUUUUUUUAAACAAUUAUGGGAUCUGAAAAGACUCAGUACAGCUUAUAAAAAAGAUCACAUUUCCUGUUGCUGUUCUUUUUUUUUUAAACCAAUUCUUCAACACAAAUGUUCUUAAAUCCACGUGUUUUAUUUGGUUUAUGGUAAAAGACAAGAUCAGAUGUAAGAGUAAAAACGUCAAGAUAUAAAUGUUAACCUUUAUUGUUAGAACCGAUUUCAAUAAAUUAAUAUUUUAGUGCAGUAGUAAAAGCUCACAACAAAAAAUAUUUGAAAGAUCUGUCUUUGUAGUUUAUUAUAUUUCUUCACUAUACAAAUUAGUUCUAUUUUUACAAGCUCACCAGUGUUAACUUCUAUAACGCCACAGACAGUCCUUUAUCUCCUUUCUAUAUUUCUGUUUUGAAUUGAAAAAAAACCCAAUGAUGAUUCAUUUCUAGUUUUCUGGAAAAGGCCACCAGAUUUGUAUUUAACAUUUCCUGGUAUAUUUAGAAGGUUUGAUCACAGAUCCUCCACCAUACUUCACAGGGGACAUGAUAUGCUUUUCCACAAUUGCAUCACUUUGCUUCGUGAUUAAUCCCAGGUUAAUCUUUUACAAGAUUAAUCUUGUAAAAGGUUGAUCUUAUUCUCAAAGUCCCAAUAAAGUUAAGCACAUUUUGAGGUUUUUUUUCUUGAACACCUUCAAACCUCUCUUUAGAUGUGUCUCUGCUUCAACACAUGGAAGUCAAAUAAGGUCAUUAGCAGGACUCUGGAGAACUUGACGGCAUCCUGAGGAUAUAAUUCAGCCAUUUGAUUUAGGCGUUUUGAACCAGGGACAUGUCUAAAAAUUGCAGAACACUGGACCUCGAGGCCUGGAGUUGAAGACCUCUGGGUUAGCUCAAUGUCUAAUGAUUGCUAUGGAGACUUGUUGACCCAAAGAUGGUCCUUUUUGCUGAGCUUUGGAGAUUUAAACUUUAACCUUCCUUACUGUCUUCUGCACUGUGCUUGGGUCCUCAUCCAGACUUAUUUGUCACAGCUACCAUUGUAUGAAUAAACAAUUCAACAUUUA